AUGACGACGAAUAGGCCGAAAAUAAAAGUUGCAUCUGUUAUAAAUCGGAAAUACUUGGCAUUCAGAAAACUUGGCGAAGGAGGAUGUGGCGUAAUCUAUGAAGUGGCGAUGGUAAAGUGUCCCGGAAGACGGUUUGCGUGUAAGGCAGAAACCACAGUGUUCGACGAAGACCCAACGCUCCCUAUGGAACAUAAAGUGAUAUCAAAACUAAACGAGAAAAAUUCGAUACAUUGUGUAGAGCUAAUCGAAAAAGGACAAGGAGAAAACUAUCAAUUCAUUGUGAUGACACUACUCGGCCCGUCGCUUGACGCGAUUCGAUCGACACUCCCGACGAAUAAAUUUUCGACGUACUCGGCGUUAGUUAUGGCUAUUCAGGCACUCGAUUCGAUACGAGAGAUUCAUGAAAUCGGUUUCAUUCAUCGAGACGUGAAACCGGCGAAUUUCGCGAUAGGAACACUUGGAACCCCCAAACAACGAUUGCUUCAUGUUCUGGAUUUUGGAAUUUCCCGCCAAUUUUUGGUGAAAGACGGCGAUGGUGGAGGACUAAGAAUUCGAAAACCCCGGAGGAUUGUACCGUUUCGAGGGACACUCAGAUACUGCUCGGUGGCGGCGCAGGAGCGGAAAGAGCAGGGAAGACACGACGAUUUGUGGUCGCUGUUUUAUAUGAUUGUCGAGUUUGUGAAGGGAUCGUUGCCGUGGGCGGGAAUAGCCGAAGAAGACAAAGUGAUUGUGAUGAAAGAAGACGUGACCGAGCUAUUCAAUGGCAUCGAAUCGGAAUGCGCAAUGUUUGCACAGCAUUUAUCAAUUCUUCGAUAUCAAACGAAACCGGAUUAUGAUCUACUGAGAGAUCUUCUGCUGAACGUUUUCGUCAGGCGAAAUUUCAAUCCACAGAUGAAAGUUGAUUGGGAGAAAGGGGGACGGUAUGAUAGUCAUUUCGAGAAGAAGACUUCCACGCUACCCGCUGUCACCGAGAAAGACAUGACUGAAGUAGACCUGGCGAAAAUCUUGAAUGUGCCCGGUGCCGAGCGAAAUAUCACAAUGGAACAGAUAAUGGCGGCGGGUCGGGUGACGAAUGAUGACGAGGGGUUGAAUACGGCACAGGAUGAUACGAUUAUUGAGGAGGAUGGUGGACCGAAAUCGAACCGUCCCAAAAGUCAACCGGCGUCAAACACCCCCACCGAUGUCAGUAAGAAGGUUAGAAGACGUUACGUGGCGAAAACUCCUUCUGUGCAUAAGGUGGAAUUAAUCGAGCAGAACUGGAAAAAGAAGCAAGAAGAGGCGCAACGUGAGAAGAUUCUGAAGAAUGUGGCGGCGGCGAGACGGACGAAAGAGGAUUUUAUUGUGCCCGAGGAUAAUACGAUAGUGAAGAAGAAACAUGGUGGGGGGAAAACGGAGAGUACGACGACGACGACGACGAAAAGUGGAAAGAACUCGGAAGAGCACAUAUCGCUGACUUAA